AUGGCAAAAAAUCCACGAGAGUUGAAAUCUCUAUCGAAAUAUGUGGCAGAUGUUCAAAAUCUGUUCGUGAAAGAUUCAGUUGAGUCUAAGAAUAAACAUGUUAAUAGCCGCGCAACGUUCAAUAUAGGCUUGAGUUACAAUGCCAUAAUAGAUGACGACGACAAUGACCCAUUCAACGGGGAGGACGAUAUAAGUGAUUUGCUUGACGAACGAAAAAUGUCUCUGCUGUCCAACAAUUCAUAUGUUACUAAUAAUACAUCGUUUGAUUCUAGUAAAUCCUUCACACCUAUCAAAAAGAAAAAACGUUUGGCUAGCAAACAAAUGGCUGCUAAAAACAUGUGUCUUAAUAUAGAUAUCCUGCCUGAUUUUUUUCGCAAUACAUUCUCAUUUCAAAGAUUCAAUCGGAUGCAGACGGAGGCAUUUCCUGUACUUUACGAUGGAGAUGAUAACUGCGUAGUAUCAGCUCCAACAGGAUCAGGAAAAACUGUUCUAUUUGAGCUGGCCAUUCUGCAUUUGAUAAAUAGCUUCAAGGACACGAUAGAAGAAAUCAAAAUUCUAUACAUUGCACCUAUAAAGUCGCUCUGUUGUGAAAGAUUUAAAGGAUGGGGCCCAUCCUUCUUGAAUCUUAGCGUAGGAAUGUUGACAGGCGAUACCUCUUACCUAGAGACGGAAAAUAUUAAAAAAUGCAACAUUAUUAUUACGACGCCCGAAAAAUUAGAUCUUUUAACUAGAAAGUGGAAGGACUACGGUAACCUUUUUGGUCAUGUCAAGUUAGUAUUAGUUGAUGAGGUUCAUAUCCUCAGAGAAAAAAGAGGAGCAACUUUGGAAGUGGUGCUUACAAGAAUGAAUACACUUUGUGCAAUCAUCAGAAUUAUUGCAGUAAGCGCCACAAUUCCAAACAUCGAAGACGUCUCGGAAUGGUUAAAUUCCCAGGCUGAAAACAAGAGUACGAAAGUAUUGUCUUUCGACGAUACGUAUAGACAAAUUGAUUUGAAAAAACACGUAUAUGGAUAUUCCUUCCCAAACCAGAACGAAUUUCAGUAUGAUUCGUUAUACAACCUACGUUUGAGUGAAAUUUUGAGAAAACAUAGUGAUCAAAGAUCAGUCUUGAUUUUUUGUCCAACAAGAGCGUCCACUGUGUCCACUGCAAAAUUUAUCAUACGAAACUGCCCAAAAUUACUAACGCAGCAACAAUGCAGUUCUGGGUGCCGAAUUAGAGAUCACAACUUGUUCGAGUGUUUCAAAGAAGGUGUCGCUUAUCAUCAUGCAGGACUUUCAACAGAUGAUAGAGGUGCGAUAGAGCAAGCAUUUCUAGACGGUAAUGUGAAAAUAUUAUGCUCAACGUCUACACUUGCGAUGGGGGUCAAUUUGCCGGCCUACUUGGUAGUCAUAAAGGGAACACGCAUGUGGGCCUCCUCGAUGUUUCAGGAGUACUCGCAACUGGAUGUUCUUCAGAUGAUCGGGCGCGCAGGACGCCCACAGUUUGAGAGUGAGGGAUGUGCUGUCAUCAUGACAGAAACGAAAAUGUCAAGUGUAUACGAAAAGAUGUUACAUGGGACCGAAUCACUGGAAAGUUCGCUUCAUUUAGAUCUUAUUGAACAUUUGGCAGCCGAAAUUUGCCUCGGAACAAUAUAUUCUUUAGAGACCGCUGUUUCAUGGCUAAGGAACACUUUCUUUUAUGUGAGACUAAAAAGAAAUCCCUACAAGUACAAAGAAGUCAUAGAUCUUUUUAGGAAUGGAGCAAAGUGUGACUCACAGCUUUCAGACUUUUUGCUUAGUUCACUAGAUAGUUUGACGAGGCACGGAAUAAUUAAGCAGAGAAAAGGAAACCUGACUUGCACAGCCUAUGGAUAUGCGAUGAGCCGGCAUUGUGUUUUAUUUGAAACAAUGCUUGUAUUUCUUACAGCCGAGAAAUCGCUUGAUGUUGAAGGAGUGUUAAGGUUGUUAAGUUCUGCUAAAGAAUUUGCUGAAAUGAAAAUGAGGCAUAAAGAAAAAAGGCUUUACAGAGAGCUCAACUCAUCGCCUUUUCUGAGGUACCCUUUCCUUACGAGAAAGAAGCAAAAGCAGAUCAUAGAUAAGACCAAUCAAAAAAUAUCGUUGUUAAUACAGUAUGAAUUGGGUGGUCUGGAAUACCCUAACACUAGCGGCGUAUACGAAAUGCAUCAAACAAUGGUGCAUGAUAAAAUGCUGGUUUUGAGAUAUUGUUUUCGUCUUUUGAAAUGUUUUGUGGAUAUUUUGGUCGAAAAGCGGGAUGGUAUUUCUCUCAAAAAUACUCUAUUUCUGAUUAGAUCUAUAUACGGGAGCUGCUGGGAAGAUUCUGGUAUGGCUCUGAGGCAACUGAAGUCAAUUGGGCCGGCAUCUGUCUUCAAAUUCAUUUCAAAUGGUAUCCGAUCGAUAGAUGAUGUUAGGAAGCUCAAGAACCAGCAGAUUGAAUGUUACUUGGGUCUGGGUAUUGGAAAUGGAGCGAUAAUAAAAGAAGAUGCCAAACUUUUGCCCAUUUUACAUCUCGAAUGUAAAUUGAAAAGCUGUUCGGUUUCAGGCACAACAGUCGAUUGCGUGUUCAAACUAGAGGUUUGCGCAGAAUUCAAGUCCUCAAUUUGGCAUGGUCGUAAUCUCUCGAUCGAUUUCGAAGCUUUCAAAACAUCUGGUAGUAUGCUAGAUUUUAAAAGAAUGAAUCUGGCAUAUUUGAGAGCGCCUACAAGUUUUACAGUUCCGGUGCGUAUGUCCUCCGAAAAUGAUGCAGUAGAAUUCACCAUAAAUUGCUCAGAGGUAGCAGGAAUAGGUAAAACAAUAUUUUUUGGAGCUAAAGAACUACCUGUUGAAUCUGUGAAAGCUCUUUCUUCCAAGAGAAGACAUGUGACGCUGGAGAGCUGCUUGUUUCAUCCCAACAGCGAUGAACUCGAUGCAUCCAGCAUGACAUCCGAUGACAGCUUGAUCAACUAUUUUUCAGAUGAAAAGAGCAGUAAACAUCCCGAAAUAUCAGAAUCAAAUAGCCCAAACCCACGCAAAAUUUUGGCAAAUGGAAAUUAUGAAUGUCAUCACAUUUGUAAAGACAAAAGUCGCUGCCAACACCUGUGCUGCAAAGAAGGCAUUUCCGAAAAAUGCUUACGUGAUCGAUAUUCUUCGCUCCAAACCAAACGAAUCAUUCCCAAGACCAAGCUAAAAAGACAAUAUUGUGACCUCAUCUCAAUUUUGCCAUUGCAAUCACAUCAUGUCGACCAGACAGGUAUCAAAUCCUUUUCCCUUAGCUCUCCGAACGACGUAGAGAAGGAACAGCUACGCACUAUCCAGAUCGAGUCUAGCGUGCACUGCGCACAAAAGCUAGAAAAGUGUAAUCCACCGGCGCACUAUCGUUCUUUGAUGCGACCGGCUAUCAAUCAAGAUAGCUCCCCUCCUACGUCACAAACAUGUCGAAAACGCUCGGUGAGUUUAGCCGCCUUUUCUGUCACUGAGGAUGGGCUACAAAGUGGAAGGAGGAUCAUGAACCAAGGUUUCUCGAUCCUGAUGCAGAUUCCAACUGAACUAAAUAAAAUACAUUUAGCUAUGAUAUACAUGUUCAAUAAAUACAAUCAUGUAAUACGUUAUUUGCGGACGGAUUUUAUCAUUUCGACACCUUGA